AUGGACGAGGUGUUAGUCAAAGAAGGAAUCAGCAUUAAAAACAAAUUAAGAGUCAAGGUGGGAGACGGGUCGGGUACUCGGUUCUGGAAGGACGUCUGGAUCGGUCAGUCCACUUUAAAAGGUAGUUACCCUGCUAUAUACCAGCUGGCAAAGAACAAGAACGGUCUGGUGGCGGACUGUUUUUUGGGCCGAAACAACACACAGUGGGCCUGGGAUUGGUUGAGAAACCCUGCGUCGGUGUCCGAAUGGGUACAAACGGGAUCCCUCUUGACUGUUCUUCACCAGACUCAGAUCUCCGAUUCGAAGGACCAAUGGAAUUUCGAGAAUUCUGAAGGUGUUCCGUUCUCGGUUAAGGAUGUUAGAAAGCAACUUGUUGAUCAGACAACGCUUCAAAGUUUUGUUCAGCCGUUCGAUUGGAAUAACUGGGCAGCUUUGAAGGUUAACUUCCUGGCUUGGCGCGCACUAAUGGGCAAAGUGGCUUCUAAAGUUGGAUUAAUUGAAAGAGGAGUGAGCAUUCCGAACAACAUGUGCGAUAGAUGCGGGAUCGGGAUUGAGGAUGUCGAUCAUCUUUUUGCUUCUUGCUUAUUCGCCAGAAGUAUUUGGUGGAAUAUUUUUGCGUGGAUUAGAGUCCCGUUCCCGCUGGCGGCUUCUUCGCUCGCGGCUAUCUUCGAGUAUAUCAAGCAUAGUCCGGGUUCAAGUAAGUGGAGGAAAACGGUGCUCCUCGUUAUUCUAGCUACUGUUUGGAGGAUUUGGAUGGCACGUAAUAAAGAAAACGUUUGA